AAGAAAGGUAAGGUAAAAUUUUCUACCGCGUGAUGGACCCCUUCCACAAGACCCUGUCUACCUCCAAAUUGAGAAUAGGAAUAGGAUUAUAGGAUGGACAGUUUGGUCAUUUUCCUUAAGCUUGGUACUCCUGUUUAAUAAUAUUUUGGAGCAUGUAAAAUGUAGAAACUCAACUGCCAAUCCGACGUGGCACGCGUUCCUCUAUAGGGACGGAUUCAAAGGAGCAACUGUAUUGAAAGCUGAUGGCCCACAUCAUCUAUCCUAUAUUGACUGUCCACCUAUCAAAUUUGACCCCAUUGAUCAGAUAAGAAAUAGGGUCAUCCGAUGGUAGCGAUAAGUCUUUUGUGACUCAAUCCACGGCUGGAGUGUAAAUUUGAUUGACUGGGUGGAUUUACAUGUGGGUCUGGUCUGCAACUCAGUUGAGUUGGGUCUGGUUUGAGGGUCAACCCACUCCAACCUGAGGGUGCCGUGCCCUAAAGUCCAACCAAAACCCAACCCCACUCAAAUAUCUGUGAUUAUAUCCCAAACCAAAUCAACCAGAACUGAGUUUGAUAAAACUCGAACCCAACCUGAUUUCAAAUUGGUUUGAAGUUUUCCAACCCUGACCUGGCCCAAUUGGGUUUGAGGUUGACCUAAGUUACAUCACUAUUCAGAUGCAGGGCAUGUGUAUAUGAUGCACCUAACUCCAGCAAACUAUUAUACCAUUCUUCAGUUGAGAGAGAGAGAGAGCACGAAACCGGCCUGACCCAAAUUUUUAAUAGGAGAGAAUACUCGCUUAUUGUAGUUUGUUAAUUUUUUUAAUCCUUAAUUUCCAUUGACUAAGUUGUGUUUUCCUUAUUUCUUGCUUCCUUCUUUAUAUUCAUUCAUCUCAGUAUACAUAUAUGCCUUAGAUUCUUCUCUUUGUUUCUCAUCUCUCUCUCUCUCUCUCUCUCUCUCUCUCUCUCUCAAUUUAUGGUGUUCAAGUGACAUAUCUUGGUCAUGGACUCAUCUGAAUUCCCCACCGGGAGGCCGUCGCCCAGGCGAGAGCUACAGGGCCCUCGGCCAACACCUCUCAAAGUCCGCAAGGACUCUUACAAGAUCAAGAAGCCACCGAUGGCACCUGCUCCUUCUCAGCCAACACUUCCACCACCCCAGCACCGGCCGCCUGUCAUAAUCUACACCGUCUCUCCCAAGGUAAUUCACACCGACGCUAGCGAGUUCAUGAAAUUGGUGCAGCGUUUGACAGGUAAUUCUUCAUCAUCAACCGCAUCUACGGCCACAUCUUCUUCUACUUCUUCAUAUGCUAAUAUUGGGAGCGGCGCAAUUUCUCCUGCGGCCCGACUAGCAUCAAUUGAAAAGACUAAAUCAUUGGAUGGAGGUCAGAAAUCAAUGAUGGCCGACACAGAUAUGGUGGAUCAAUUUGAAAUCGACACACUUCUUGAUCGAGCUGGCCCAUUCCCGGGUAUCCUAUCUCCACUCCCAGCUUCUCUACCACCCAUCUCACCAAACUUAUUCUCACCCCCAACAGAUCCAAGUUCUCUCAGCUUCUUGCAUGAUUGGAGUCCAAUUUUCCAAGCAAACAAGAACUACAUGGAUGGUGCUUUAAUUCAUAGUCCAAACACAUUCCUAUCAGCUCCUAUAACUUCUCCCACUCCAUCUAUGGAUUUCUUCAAUCAUUUCUUUGACUUGUAGAAGGGAAAACUUUUAAAGAUGGAGAAGAAAAUAGAGGUAGAAAGGCAUGAAUUGGCAAAGGGAAGAUAAAGAGUUGUGGAAGCUUUAGCUACACAAGUUUUAGUAAAGGAGGAAAAAGUCUGCAUGAAGACAGAGAGAGAAGGCUUUCUUUAGUGGGGCAGUUGGGAGUCUUUAUUUGGCCUUUAUUUCUGGGCCAUCUGAUUGUGACAUGGCCCAAUGUGGUCUCAUCUACUUUGGCAUCGCUCCUUAUCUUUAUGUAGCUGCCGUUUUGUACUAUUUGUUUGACUUUGUAAUUUCCUACCUUUCUCCCCCUCUUCUUAUUUAUUUAUUCAUUU